AUGGCCCCAGACAGAACUCAUUCCCCCUCAGCCUCCUUGACGCUCGAUACUGCCUCUUUGUCCGAUGCCUCAUCUGGUUCUAGGCCAGAAAUCCCUGAGCUCGACCACCAGCCCUUCGAGUUCAGGAAGAAGGACGGCACACCGUCCAAAAUGCGAUCCCAUAGAGGAAACGUACCUGUGCUCCCCCAGACUAAGCUUUGCCCUCACUGUCCAGCGAAAUUCACGCGGACAACCCAUCUGAACCGCCAUCUGAGAACGCAUACAAACGAAAGGCUGCACCGAUGCGAUACUUGCGCAGCAGAGUUUACUCGCAGCGACCUCCUCACUCGACACAAGCGAAGCUGCAAUGAUCCCCUAAACCCCGGCCGCUCACGCAAAAAGUCUUGUCAACCUUGCAGCGAUUCCAAGAUCAAAUGCGACAACAAAUUCCCUUGUUCAAAGUGUACAUCACGCGGAAAGGAAUGCGUGUUCUUGCCGAACAAGAGGAACAGUGCACAUGCAUCCACCAGUAAGGUUUCGCCAAGUUUUCCAACUGCACCUGCGCCAACGUCUUCCUCUGCCCACGAAUCCAACCCGUCGCCGUCUACGUCGACAACCUCCCUACCUACCCCCUCGUCGUUGUUCGCAGCCACCCCCGAAUCAUGCUUCUCCAACUUCACCAUCAACUCAACGCCACAGAUACACGACGUCGACGACAUGCUGUCAGAGUCUGACCUGCAAUCCACAUCUAUUCCGCUUGACUUUUCAUUUCCUGUUUCACAGCGAUAUGACAGCUCGGACAAACCUCCCCUCCCCUCCCCUUCCCCAGAUUUUAUAUCAUCCGACUCGGCAACCGAUAACGAACAUACCCCAAUCGACAGCCACUUGAGCUCGAUGUACCAGAGCGAUCUCUUUGAGCCCUUCUUCAGCACGCUCUUCUCGCAAACGCAGCUCCAAGAUUCUCCACCGAACAGCGCGGGAGGCAUCACCAGUGCUGGCGUGUUCCCCUUUGCGCGUCGGUCCGGAUCACCAGAGUUUCCAUUCUCCAUCAACCCGGUCGAAACACAGCAAGGCCAACCUCAACAGCUCCCUUUAGACGCGGGCAUGGUGGGAGCGGCGCACCACUCAACACCAUACUCUGCGCCAGACCCGCUUAGCCCUUCGGCGUCGGAGAGCGACAAUAACGGUGGUGUCGGUUAUACUUUACAGAUUGCCGAGCUCGACCAUUUCCUGUACAUCUUCUUCUCGGCGUUUUGUGCGCAGAUGCCCAUCGUUCAUCCCGCAACGUUCAAGGUAGAUGGAAGGCCACAGGUGCUGCUGCGUGCCAUGCAAGCUUGCGGUGCAUUGUUCGUAAAGACGAAGCAGGCGACUAGCUUUGUGAACAGCGUACUCGAGACAGCUCGAGACGCCCUGGUCCAGGAAUUCGCCAAGAACCCGACCGACUGUAGCGAACAAAUAGACUUCAUACUUGCUGUAGUCCUGCUCCAGACGAUAGGCCUUUUCCACCAGAAGGUUGAUCAGAGAGCAUCGUCCAGUAUUUAUCACGGGAUGCUUGUCAUGAUGGUCCGGCGCGCGAACUUGAUGAGUAGGAACACUGCGUGGAUCCCGCCUAGGCUUUCCGAAUCCUCGAUCGAAGACAUGUGGCGGAAGUGGGUUCUCCACGAAAUGACCAAGCGGGCCUUGUUGCUUUCUUACCUGCACGACUGCUGUCAUAGCAUAUACUUCGCGCUUCCGCCGUCUUAUCUCCCUGGGGAAGUAGAGCUUUACCUUCCCUGCGAGGACAGCCUGUGGAAAGCGGCCUCAUCAAAGGAAUGGUUCAUGCUCCUGCAGUCGUCUUCGCCGUACGGCGACGCGACUUCGCGGCUCAUCGGGCAGAGCAUGCCUAAGGCUCUCUCACUUAUGACAGAGCCCCGCCUACUCAGCACACCCAUAAUCUCCAACCCAUUCUCUCUGUUCAUCCUCGUCCACGUCAUGCUCUACCAGCUCUUCACCGUCUGCAUGGAGAUCCGCCUCCCAAAGACCAACAUCGCCGAGGACUACACCGAGCAGACAAACCAGCAGGUCCACCGGCUACAGUACGGCCUCCACAACUGGCUGCAAAGCUGGAUACACUCGCCGGAGACGCCGCACUCCGAGGGUUCGAACGAGGAGCCGCCGUUCAUGUCGUACGGGCUACCCUUUUAUUGGUUGGGGCAGGUGGCGCUCCUGGCGUACCAGGAGGGCCUCCCCCCGUUCGAGCACAACUCGACGAACAACCUGCACGUGGAGAUGCGGUUCAGGCUCGUCAAGCAGUGGCUCAAACACAUUCGCGGGUUCCUCAAGAAGUCGGACAAUGGGCCGACGCUCUUCUGGGACGAGCUGAUGAAGAUUCGAUUAGAUACUUCAAGGGCUUCCGGGGACAAGAACGAUACUGGGGACGACCAGGAGGGCUUGCUGGGGUUCUUCCCUGAACAAUAG